AUACGAUAUUUGGAGUGAAUGAGAGAGAGAGAACACGACGACUACACACGCGCAGAAUAUUGAACGUUGAAUAUUGGUAGUCUCAGUUUAUGUCUAUGUUCAAAGUCCUUUUCGUCAUCUCACUUCUCUCAACAAAUGGCUGAACAAAUCCCAUACAGUGUCAUUGUUAGCAUAAUCAACCGAUUAGCUUCUUCCACCUUCCACGAAUUUGGACGAAUUUACGGCGUCAAAAACGACCUCCAAAAUCUCAACCAAACUCUCCAAUCCAUUAAACUCGUACUUUCAGAUGCCGAACAAAAACAACAUCAAGAUCUCACAAUCCUCCACUGGAUCACCAGGUUCAAACAACUCCUACAUGAUGCUGAUGAUUUCCUCGAUUACUUGUCAAUUCGUGAUACACGUCUCAAACUCAACAACAGUCAUCAUACAAACGUGGUGGAGUUCCCUUAGCAAUCAGAACAAUGGGAGGCUUCUUACGAACUCUAAAUGAAAAAGAAGAUCAAUGGUUGAAUGUUUUGAAUGGUGAUGUUUGGAGGUUGUGUGAAGAAAGACAUAGUAUUAUGCCGGUGCUAAAAUUGAGUUACCAAAACUUGCCACUGGGGUUAAGACAAUGUUUUGCCUAUUGUUGUUUAUACCCUAAAGGUUGGGAAAUUCAGAGGAAUGAAUUGAUUCAAUUGUGGAUGGCUCAAGGCUACCUUGAAAGUUCAAUUGAAACACAAUCCAAGGAAGAUGUGGGCGAUCAAUAUGUAAGGAUUUUGUUGAAGAGGUCAUUCUUUCAAGAUGCAUCAUUGAGCAAACACAAAGAUAUAAUUUCAUUCAAAAUGCAUGAUUUGAUGCAUGAUCUUGCAAAGUCAGUAGCAGGAAAUGAUUGUUGCUUGCAUACUGAGGAGAAAACAUUUAUUGGAAGACCCAUGCAUGUCUCAUUUCUAUCUAGUAUUGCUUGUUCACUGGAUUUGUUAGAUGCAAGUAAGCUGCGUACCAUUCUUUGGGCCAAAACCAAUGCAAGAAGUGUUUUGGACGCCAAACCAUCUAUCACCAAGAACUUGAAGUUUCUGCGGGCUUUGGAUUUGUCAUAUUCUCCUAUAACUGAGCUGCCACUGUGGAUCCAUAAAUGCAGACAUUUAAGGUAUCUGGACUUGUCUAAUUGUAAAGAACUAAUUAGUCUGCCUAAGUCUAUCGGCAAUCUUGUUAGUUUGCAAUCUUUGAAAUUGACUGGGUGCCGGAAACUUGUAUUUUGUACUGAAGUUAUCGCAAAGUUGAUUAAUUUGAGACAUCUUGACAUUGAAGGUUGUAAAGCCUUUGCAGACAAGAUGCCUCUUGGAUUAGGACAAUUGACUUCAUUGCAGUCCUUAUCGAGUUUUGUAGUGGGGGAUGAAGAGAUAAGGAACUGUGGAAAACUAAAUGAAUUGAAGGAGCUAAAUAACCUAAGAGGUCAUAUGAGAAUCAGUAACCUGGGUUUGGUAAAGGAUGUAGCAUUGGAAUCACAAGAAGCAAAUCUGAAAAUAAAGAAGUACAUCCAAGUCUUGGAGCUGAAUUGGGGAAAAACUCGGUACGAUUGGGUAGAAGACGGAAAAAACAGUGAGAUCAACUUGCAGUUAUUGGAUAACCUUUGUCCUAAUCAGAAUUUGAGAAAAUUGAGAGUGAGUGGGUAUCCAGGAGCGAGGUUUUCAAGUUGGCUUCCUUCGCUAACUAAUAUUGUUCAAAUCAACCUCUACCGACUUUCCAGUUGUCAACAUCUCCAACCAUUGGAACGACUUCCGCGGCUGCAGAUGCUCAACAUUAGUGAAAUGAAUGAACUAAAUUACAUACAUUAUGAUGAUGUCUCUCAUGUGUUGUUUUUCCCAUCUUUGGAGAAACUCGUCCUCUUUGGCUGCAAGAACCUGAGGGGAUGGCAAAGGUUGGGAAAUUCCGCUGAUGUUGCCAACCAUCUUUCACUCCCUCCUUUUCCUUGUCUUUCAUAUUUAGACAUUUGGGAAUGUCCAAAACUGACUUGCAUGCCUACUUAUCCUUACCUCAUUGAGUUGAGGUUAAUUUCUUGUAAUGUGAUGCCAAUGAUUGAAACAUGUUCGGUUCGGUCAUCCUCAUUCAACCCUCUUUUUGGCCUCAAGCACUUGUAUCUCACAGAAAUAGACGUAGAAUCAAUGCCAGAGCAGUGGAUGAAAAAUCUCACAUCUCGAGUUUCUCUCUCUUUCGGGAUUUCCUGUUAUUGCACCUAUGUUAAGACACUUGCAACAUCUUUCUGCUGAACUUAAGAAACUGAGAAUUUGUCAAGUCGACAAGGUUGACCUAUGGAGAGAUGAGGAUAACACUAGCACCCUAUGCCAAGUCCCUCAUGGACUUAGAUCUCUUCAGAAAAUAUCCAUAGAAUUUUGUGACAACCUGAAGGCGUUUCCGGAGCAAAUUCUUGACCUUCAAUCACUUAGGCAUAUUAAGAUUCUUCACUGCGAUGAUUUAGAGUCACUGCCGGAAGGCUUGCGUUGCCUUGCAAAUUUACAGACUCUUCAUAUAAGCCACUGUCGCCUCCUCCGUAAGAGAUGUCAAAGUAAAAUUGGAGAAGAUUGGCCAAAUGUUGCUCACAUCCCAAACAUAGUUGUAGGUUGAUUCUUUUUGAGGCAAUAAAGGCCAACAGAAAUUGCUCUACUCUCCCCAACCAAGGUGAAUUUGUGACUUUCUUUUAUUAAAUAGAUUUUCUCUCACCACUGAUAUGGUUUGACAUUGAGUAUUCAAUUAUGAUGCCGUUGUUAUAUUAUGUUUAUUAUUGUCUACAAAUACAUUUUUCACAAUAUGUUGGUUGGUAAGUGAACUGGUUUUUAUGAUGUAAGAAGCAAAGUUACUUAUCACUGAAUAAUCCCUUUCUAGUGUCUCCUAUA